CGUUGCUUGAUGCAUAUUGCUUGCUUCUCCCACGAAGUUUAUUCCAGCAGUGCGCUCUUUGCUUCCGCUCUUUUUCUCAGGCACUUUCGCUGCAUCGACACUACUACCUUUCCGUCUCGAAUUCCAGUGGUUAUCUGAUCCCACUACUACAAUGAAACUUGCUCUUCCAUUAUUAUUGACGGCUAUCUUGCCUUCUGUCCACGCGGGCCUUCGCGAUGAGCUUGUAAACUCACCCUCUCUUGAGAUUCGGAUGAAUCCGAACGCACGAGAACCAUAUUGCACGGAUACAAAAAUUACAGAGGCCCAGAAGAAAAAAAUGGAAGAAGAAUUUGUAGAAAGAGGAAAGUGCAGGCUCUGGGAAUGGUGGCCCAACGACAAGGAAAGAGUGGACGUCUCAACAUGCACCAAAGCCUGUCGAGCGGACCUUGGUAACCCAGCCGAGGGCUGCCUAAUGAUAAAUCCGCAGGGUUACAAGGACAGUUCACAGGAUUCAAAAUACUGCUUCUGGGGAGGAAAUUGCAAUUGCUAUAAUGACGCUAAAGGCUACCGCGAGCUCCUGGAAUGGUUCAUCGCUGAGGUUGAGAAAGGUAUCGAGGAGAUUGCGGGUCCCAUCUUUUGCGGUUUCAUCCCAAUGGUUGAUAUGAUACUGGACGUUGGCAUGGACAUGAUUCCUGGUGGCGGCUAUGUGAAUCGUGGAGUACGGAAUGGCAUUCGUGCUGCAAAGACGUUCCAGGAGGCUGACGACUACAAUGGCUGGCUCCAAAUGAUCACGAAAGUUGAUUGCAGUGAUUAUCCUGUACCUGUUGUCGACGAUCUACGCGCGGUGUAUGACGCAUUCACUUCUGUUCCUUAUAUAGAUUCGUACCCGGGAGGUGAAUGUCUAUUGAAGAAAAAGAAUUGUAAGUCCAAACCCUCAGAUAAGGAUGAUGAAAAGGAGGCAGAAAGAAGGAAGAAAGAAUUCGAGGAAAAAAACAAGACAUCAACAAAGCAAUCAACAAAGACAUCGAAAACAACAUCAUCGAAAACAACAUCAUCAGCAAAGACAUCAUCAACAAAGACAUCAUCAACAAAGACAUCAUCAACAAAGACAUCAUCAACAAAGACAUCAUCAACAAAGACAUCAUCAACAAAGACAUCCACUUCUUCAACCAGCCGUAAGACUACCUCUUCCACGAAAGCAACUUCAGUGACUUCCUCCUCCUCCUCCUCCUCAACGGCAUCAGUAACUCCUUACAUCUGCGGCGAAACCCGUGACUGUGGACAACAAAAAUGUUCCACUAGACGGCAAAAAACCUCUACGAAGGCAUCCCAUGCACAGACAUCUGGUAGUAGUUCCUCUACCCGCAUUACUAGACGUAGCCUCGAAGGUGUAACCGCAGCGGAGGCAGACGACUACGUGUUAAGUGUUGUAGAAGCCGCCGACGCUGAACAGGCACUAGAUCACCAAAACAAAAACAGCUACGCGGUAUCGAAGCACGGGGAAUUUGCACAGGAGGCGUUCCCUGUUUAUGUUACAGGUCUCGAGGGCUGCAUUGGCAUCAGCAUUGUUUCCGAGCGCGGAUACUGGAUGGGUUACUAUAAAGAAACAGCGUAUUGGCCUGAGCGUAAGAAAGAAUGGGCUAGUCUUCUGGUUGCAGUUACCGAGGGUACUGUUAACUACACCAAGCCCGACACUCUAACAGACAUCUUCGGCGCGGGAUCUAAUCCAGAAAUCUACGUCGCACAACCGAGUUUCAAGAUUGACCAGAUGAAGAUGUAUGAGCUUCAGGUCGCGGCCAUCUUGAAAGAGAUCCAGAAAGACGAUCUCCAGAGCGCCACCGUGCACAGAUUGAGUUAUGUGAAGCCUGAGUCAGUGGAAGAAGUUGAGAACCAGUAUGAGGGCACUGCGAGGGGAAUCAUGCUGCUUGAAUAUGACAACGAUUACGAACCUUCCCAGGAUGAUGCUGGUGAGGACGAGGUGGUUAAGCAGCAAGCAAUUGCGCGCGUAUUUGUAGAGGGCUUCUCCGUUGAGAAAACUUGGGACGCUACCAAGGAACAAAUUGGAGACGAGGAGCAAUAG